AUGAGGGAGUUGUUCCCGGUGAACCCAGUGUGGAGACAGAGGGAGCGUCUGACCAGCCUCCCCCCUCAUCACCCUGUCCCCCAUCAGCCCCAUCAGCCUCACCAGCCCCUCCCCAUCGUGUCCUACUCCAUUCACACCUCCAAGAAGUUCCCGUUCUUCCACGUCGUCAAAUGCUCCAGAUACGAAGCGGAAAACGCCUUCUUCUCCAGCCUGAAGCUCACAGACUUCAACAUCAUCGACACUUUGGGGGUCGGAGGAUUCGGUCGAGUCGAACUGGUGCAGCUCAAAAGUGAAGAGGCCAAAACGUUUGCCAUGAAAAUCCUGAAGAAGCGACACAUCGUGGACACGAGACAACAGGAGCACAUCAGAGCGGAGAAGCACAUCAUGGCCGACGCCCACUGCGACUUUGUGGUCAGGUUGUACCGAUCGUUUAAGGACAGUAAAUACCUGUACAUGUUGAUGGAGGCGUGUCUCGGGGGAGAGCUGUGGACCAUUCUCAGAGACAGAGGUUCCUUUGACGACACCACGACACGCUUCUACACCGGCUGUGUGGUGGAGGCCUUUUCUUACCUCCACGCCAAAGGAAUCAUCUACAGAGACCUGAAACCAGAGAACCUGCUGCUGGACAGUCGCGGAUACGCAAAACUCGUGGACUUUGGUUUUGCGAAGAAGAUCGGUUACUGUAAGAAGACGUGGACUUUCUGCGGGACGCCAGAGUACGUAGCUCCUGAGAUCAUCCUGAACAAAGGCCACGACGUGUCUGCGGAUUACUGGUCCCUGGGCAUCCUCAUGUACGAGCUGCUCACCGGGAGUCCUCCCUUCACCGGCCCAGACCCAAUGAAAACCUACAAUGUGAUUCUGAGAGGCAUCGACAUGAUCGAGUUUCCAAUGAAAGUCACUAAGAAUGCAGCCAACCUCAUCAAGAAGCUCUGCAGAGACAAUCCGAUAGAAAGACUUGGAAAUCUGAAGAACGGUGUGAAGGACAUUCAAAAGCACAAGUGGUUUGAAGGGUUUAACUGGGAAGGUCUCAAGAAGGGAACUCUCACUCCACCCAUACAACCAAACGUUUCGUCUCCAACCGACACCAGUAACUUUGACAGCUUCCCCGAAGACACCGAGGAGCCACCGCCGGACGAUAACUCGGGAUGGGACUAUGAUUUUUGA